GAGAAGAUCUGGAGUAAUUACGUGAAGAACACGCCUCAGCGGACGAAGCUGCUCGAUGCUUUCCUGGCCUUUCUUGCGGUUGUGGGCGCGCUGCAGUUUGUCUAUGUUAUACUGGUGGGGAAUUAUCCGUUCAAUGCGUUUCUGUCGGGCUUUAGCGCUUGUGUAGGCCAAUUCGUGCUCACGGCGAGCUUGCGCAUCCAGACAAACCCAGAGAAUCAGAACGAGUUCAAGAGCAUAUCGAAUGAGAGAGCGUUCGCGGACUUUGUCUUUGGCAGUCUAAUUCUACACUUCUUUUGUGUAAACUUUAUCAACUGAAUAAGAGAGUGGAGAGAGAUGGCC